GUUUACAUCGGAACACCACGAGUAUCACAGUCGAAAAACUCCAUGUGAAUUAGAAGCCAGAGUAGAAAGAGUGUAAAUUGCAUACAAAAUGGUAAAGGAUCUUUCAACCAUGGCAACAAUGAACACACAGUCAAAGAGGGGACCAUUUCCUUUUAAAAAGCAUGGGAAAAAUAAAGAAAAAGGAAAAGCAUGGAAAAAAAAUAAUGAAGGUGGAAAAGACCUUGAAGGAGGAAAUAAGCAAUGCAGGAACAAUGAAACAACUUGUAGAUAAUGGCAAUAAAGUUGUUGAAGGCUCUAAAAAUGGAGUGAAGAAAGUUAAAAAGAAUAAAAACAAAUUCCGCAAGCUACAAGAUGAUGAAGUUUCUAGCACAACUCCAAAUUCAAAUGGAGGGGCAUCAAAUGUUGCAAGUGUUGUCCAGGAGAGAGCUUCUCAAAAUCAAGAUGAACAGCCAAGGAACUUUCAGUCUCUUUGGGAAAGAUAUAAACCUAGAACAACUCCUUUGAUUGGGGCUGGCACAGAUUGGCACACUCAGCUUAUUAAGGAAAAUGAUAAAGAAGGAAAACUUGACAUUGAUACCAAGAGGAAGCUGAAGGACCUAGCUGCCAAAAUUCUUGAAAAUGAUAUUGCUAUAUAUAACCGAAAUGAAGAAAGAGGUUCCAAAAGGCAAGAAGUAAGUUUCCGAAAGACAAUUUUCUCCCAUGGUACAACCCGUGAUAAAUUAGCUGCUCAUGUCUUGAGGUGCAUGGAGGCCCCAGUCCAUUCCCUAAACCACCUGACUGCACUCAUAUCAAUGGUGACCCCAAAAGCCAGAGGAGGGUAUGAGGAAGCUUUUAACUCUCUUACUGAUCUUUUCAAUUCGGCAUAUUUGCCUAAAUCAAGAGUUGCAAGAAAAUUUGAAAACCACAACUUCGGUGUUCUUCAGCCAUUCUUAGGGGCAAAUCGAGAACAAGCAGAGAGACAGUUAGCACUUUGGUAUUUUGAAGAUCAGCUUGCUCUAGCCUAUGAAAAACUUGUCAGACAUCUGAAACAGAUUUCCCAUGACAUGGUAGACAAAAACAAGAUGAAAGGAAUAAAGAGUUUGAUCACUCUGCUGGGGAACAAUCCCAAUAUGGAGACAGACCUGAUCCUAGAGUCUGUGGUCAACAAGCUGGGUGAUCCCUCAAAAAAAGUAGCUUCACAAUCAAUGUAUAUCAUUAGAACUCUCCUACAGAGGCGACCUUUUCUCAAAGCAAAGGUUGUCAUGUAUGUAGAAAUAGUUUUGUACAGACCAAAUAUUGCUGCAAAGGCACAGUACUACUGUCUUUGCUUUCUGAAGGAUAUUAUCUUCGGUAAAGAUGUUCAAAGCCAAGAACUUGCAAAAAAACUUUUAAAGUUAUAUUUCGGUUUCUUCAGGGCCUGUACUAAAAAGGGAGAAGUUGACACUCGUUUGAUGAGUGCUCUUUUAAGAGGCAUCAAGCGAGCUUACCCAUUUUCUGGGAUGGAAGGCAAUGACUUGGAUGAGCAGCUGGAAACUCUGUAUAAGAUUUGCCAUAUAGUCAACUUUAACAUAGCUGCACAGGCACUCCAGCUAAUCUACCAAGUGCUCAGCAGCAAGAAUUAUGUGCCUGACAGAUUUUACAAUGUCCUGUAUAGAAAGCUUCAGGACAAAUCUUUUGGACAGUCUUCUGCCAAUAGUGCCUUUCUGAACUUGAUCUUCAAGGCAAUUGUGAGAGAUGAGUCACUAAACAGAAUUAAAGGCUUCAUAAAGCGACUUCUUCAGAUGAGCAGUCAUCAGACUCCAAAUGUUGCAUGUGGCAUUCUGUAUCUGAUAUCAGAAGUGAUGAAGGAAAAGCCAGAGUUGUGUAUUAAGGAUCAGCCCUUGUACCAAAAGGCCCUAGAUGAAGAUGAUGAUGAGGAUGGUGAGGUUUAUGAAGAUGUUGAAGAUGAAGAUGAUGAUAAUGCCAUUGAAGAAAAACAUGAGAUAAUAAAGGAAGAAGAGGACAAUGAGAACUUGGUAUGGGAAUCAAGAGAUGAAAGGCCAGAAAUUCAAGAAGAAAAUUCUGGGAACCAAAACCAGGCUGGAGUAAAGUCGUCUUGGGUUCAUCUCCCAACAAAAGGAAAGGAUGUCAAAGGCACUUACCGAACCUCAUAUGACCCCACCCAUAGAAAUCCCAUGUACUGUGGCUCUGAGUUUAGUCCUGUAUGGGAACUCCAUACCCUAAAGAAACACUUCCACCCAACUGUGUUGUUAUUUGCAAACCGAAUCCUAGCAAAUGAAUCACUAAAUUACGCUGGAGAUCCUUUGCAAGAUUUUACACAGAUGAGGUUCCUAAACAAGUUUGUCUUCAGGAAUCCCAAAAAGCUUGAGAAGCAGAAAGACACUGCGGGUGGCUAUGUCUUUGGUUCUCGCAUGCAGUAUAUUCCACAAGGGGCACGUGGUUUGGCAGUAACUGAUGAAGAAUAUCUUGAAUUAGAUCCCAACAGUGUGCCUGAAGAGGAACAUUUCAUCUACAAAUAUAUGAAAGAAUACAAGGUUAAGAAGCACAGAGCAAAGGGUGAAGAAGAUGAUGAUGAUGAAGUAAAUGAUGAUGAAUUUGAAGAAUUCCUCAAUAAGAUGGGUCGCCCACCUACGGAUGAGGAAGAAGAAAUUAGUGAGGAGCUUGAUUUUGCUGGAUGUGCAACUGGCAAGCUUGAUGAUGAGGACAAUGAAUUUAACAGUGAAGAUGAAUUUUUGAAUGAAAAGGAUGACGGAAUGGAGGAGAUGGACAGUGGUGAGGAUAAUGAUGAGGACAUGAGUGAGCACAGUGGUGAUGAUGACAACUCUGAUGAAGAUGAUGAUCUGGAUGAUGAAGAACUAAUAAGAACCCUGGAGAAGGAAGAUGAUGAACUGGAGGAUAUGGAUGAUGAUGAGCUGGAGUUCAAUGAGGAGGACGUAGCCUUUUCAGAUGAAGAUGACAUUGGCCCAGCAAAACCCAUGAAGAAGAAAAAAGAAAAGGGGAAAGGAACCAAAAAAUCUUCAAAGAAUGACAUGGAAGAUUUAAGUUCCAUGUUUGCUGAUGCUGAAGAUUUUGCCCAUUUGCUUGAAGAUAAUGAUGAAGAAGAGUAUGGCAUCACAUCUCAGGCAGUGUUGAAUAAGGAUAGAUCUCGUGCAAAGCAACUACAGUGGGAGAAGAACCGUACCGACAUGGAUGAAGGCUCUGACAGAUGGCAGAAUAAACGUGGAAAGCGUCCAGGAGGCAGAGGUCGUGGCUCCUUUAGGGGCUCUCGGGGCUCGCAAAAGAAGUUCCAUUCUAAACCCAUGAGAGGGAAGCCUAAGUUCUCUAGGGGUAGAAAAUAAUAAUAGAAUAGGGUGUUAUAUAUUUUCACAAUGGAAUUUUUCUUGGACUAAUAAAGUUGUUGUUUUUG